AUGGCCAGUCUGAUCAGCCAGACCCCGGACCACCCUGUCCCCUUUCUCAUCAGUCACCUGCAGACCAAGCCAGGCAGCCCCGGCAAGCUGCACAGAACGCUGGCGGGCUCCGCCGCUCUGUGGGCCCAGAGCGGUGCAGCAGAGAGUAAGGGAGGUCCUGACCUCAGGAGUUAUGAGAAGCCCUGGCAGAUCCACCCUAACGAACCCACGAAAUCCAAGAGUGAUCUGGCUGUAUCUAACGUCUCCCCUCCUUCAGCAGAGUCUAAGUCCUUACCGCGAUCUAUAGAGCAGCCGUGGUGGGAACGAAGGGAGAGCAGAGACUUUGAUGAACUCAACCUCAUCCUGCAGGAGAGCAAGACGCUGGGCAAGGCUCUGGAGAACCUGUCACGUAGUAUCGCUGUUUCUGAUGAACUUGAUCAGGUAACUACUUACAACUGCAGUCUGCUGCAGCCCAGGGUGGUGGGGGAGUGGGUGGGCAGGGAGGAGGAAGACCCCGACCCACUGGCAGCAGAGAUGCUCCAACCCCCAGUCCCCAGGACCAAGACUGAGGCUUGGGGGAGCGCUGAUAGCAGCCCUGCCGGAAGCUUAAAUAUAAGACCCAGAAAUAGUAAAGGGUUGAAGCAGCAGCAGCAGCACCACAAGAGGCUCCUGGCGGCCAUGUUGUCCCAAGAAUCCUUUGACUCCGCCCAUAGCUCCGCCCCCUCACUCACCGAGGAGGAGAUGGAGGACGACGACGACGUCAUGGAGCUGCUGGAGGACCUAGAUGACCUGCGAAUGGAGGGGGUAACAGGGCUGGCUCCGUCAGGCAGUAAGUUCAGCCAGGGUCGUAGUUCCUACUGCCCAGAACCCCAGGCCAAGGUCACACUCAACAUCUGCUCUAGGUGUGCAAGGUAA